AUGACCACUGCGGAGGACCUAGAAUUGUCGGAUUCGGACAAGGUUCAACCUUGGAGCACAGACAGCGGCAUGGAAUCGAUGACCGACAGCAAUAAGGAUCUAACGCCAACGAGUGAAAACUAUGAUGACGACGAAGAAGAUGAAACUUUAGGUGAACGUCUAUGGGCGCUAACUGAGAUGUUUCCAGAUUCUCUAAGGAACAGCACCAAAAAGAUAGUUAAUACCACUGGUAAAGUCAUCUUAGAAACUUACUUAUUUGCGUGCACUUCCACAUGGUACGUCUCAACAACAGCGGCUCUGUUACUUAUGCCUGUAUUAUUUGAAACCGAACGCAUACAAAUGGAAGAAGCGCAGAAAAAUCAUUCAAAACAACUUCUUCUUGGUCCUGGUAGUGCUGGCAACUUGGGUGGUGGAACUACUAUGUUGCCCAAUUAA